UAUAUUUAUUAAUCAUAAUCAUAAAAUUAAUAAUCAUAAUAAGCUGGUUUUCUUUGUCUGGCAGAGUGUUCAGGUUGUUAAGUAAUAAUACAACUAUGUAAAAAUAAAGGCCUGCAUUCAAAAAAGUACAGAAAUAUUAUAGGCUAUUAAUUAUCAAGUGCUGCAGAGUAGAAUAACCCAUUUCAAAAUGUUAUAUAUAUAUUGAUAUAACUGGUCGAGGUGGAGCUCAUUAUAACUACGUUAUACUUUAUUGUUGUUAAAAUAUUAGUUAGUAAACCAACUAGUAACUGCAUCUGUCAGACAAAAGUUAUGGAGUAAGAACUUACAGUAUUUCCCUCUGAGAUGUAGCGGAGUAGAAGUAUAAAGUAGCACUAAAUGGAAAUACUCAAGUAAAGUACAAGUACCUCAAAAUUGUACUUGAGUAAAUGUACUUUGUAACUUUCCACCGCUGCUAACAGGGUGCGUUCAGGAAAAGUAUAACUAUAACAAACGUUUCCUCAAAGCAGUCAUGUUUUAGUGAAACCUUCUUAACACACUCAUGGAAAGUUUAUUGAUUAUUGUUUAAAAGUUAUAGAGCCUCAAACCCUCAAACACCCACUUUCCCCUCAUCCAGGUGUUUGAUAUUUCAUGUGUAUUAAAAGGCAAGAGAACGUAAAAGUAGCAGAUUUCUCAAUGGGGAUUUGUAUGUACUGAAUAAAGCACUGUGUUAGUUUUAUGAUUCCUCUUUUUCCUCUUUUGAUUUGUAUCUGCUUUUAAUUCUUUGAUGAAUGAAGUGAAAACACACAAAAACCUUCCCACUCCCCGAUGGAUCUAGCAGCAGCGCAGAAACGCCAACAUUAAAGAUUUCUAAGGGAUUAUUAAUGAUUGUUUAAAGAGCAGCAGAACGUAAAAAUACCAGAUUUCUCAAUGGAGUUCUGCCUUGACUGCUCAGUGUCAGUUCAGUUCUCAGUUCAUGACUUGAUGAUUGUAGAGUUUGUAGAUGAUUCAUUGGGAGAAUCAGACCUGCAUACAAAAUAAAAAAAUAUUUCUUAUAACAGUUGAACAACUGUCAUUUGGCCCUCAGGUUAUUGAACUCAGUGAUCCAGAACAUCUGCAGAACAAGUGUGAACGUAACACUUAAAUACUCUGAAGGGUAGGGCUGCCGUCCUGCCGAAACCUGCUCUAAAUAUCACGAUUUAAAGGUUAGUGCAGUUUAAACCUGAGCUCCAUGUAGUCCUGACACACCUGAGAUAGAAUCACCCUCUGGGACACCUGAAGGCUUCUUAUCCACAGCGGGGAGUUUGGAUAGAGGCUGGAAGACUAGAUUUAGAAAUGCAGCAGCAGAAUGAGGCAGAAAAACCUUCAUUUACAUCUCAACUUUUGCAGAAAAGGACACUUUAAAGGAGCAGUGCAUGAUGGGGAGGAUAGAUGAGUCCAAAUGUGAUGUGCAGAUGUAAAAAAGUAAACGUAAGUGAGUGAUGAGAUGACACCGUGGCAGGUUCUUCGUGCAAGCAGGGCGACCCGGGCAGCUUUGGGUUACCGUGUUCAUCAUGGACCUGGAGGUUUGGUGCUUUACAGCACAGCUCCUGUCGUUGCAGCUGCUGCUGUGGCUGCGGACAGCAGCAGGAGCUUCUGUUUGUCCAGAGAGAAACUCACCCUGCAGCAGCUGAACAGCAGGCUGGCCUCGUACCUGCAGCAGGUCCAGUCUCUGGAGGCGGCCAAUCAGAGGCUGGAGCAUCAGAUCCAGAAGGAGCUGGACAGGAAGUGUCCCAGAGAGCUCAGAGAGCUCGACGGAUACCUGAAGACAGCGUCUCUGCUGCAGGACCAGAUCAGCGAAUGUCUCUCGGCCCAGGCUCAGGUGAAGCUGCAGUUGCUCAAUGCAGAGCUCACCGCCUUCGACCUCAACGUCAGGUGUGAAAAGGAGCGUGAAAGUCGUGGUUGUGUGGAGGCGGAGCUUAGCGACUUGCGGCUGCUGGAAGAGGAGCUGCAGGUCCACAGACUGCCAGAGCUCCAGAGUCUGCUGAACGAUCAAACACAACAACUGAUGGAGCUGCAGAUACAACACCAACAGGACAUGCAGGGUUUCCUGGCCCAGGUAUCAGAGGGCGUCACCGUGGAGAUGCAGCCUGCUGAGUCAUCAGAUCUGAUCCAGCAGCUGGACGACCUGAGACAGACAGGUGCGAUGCUGCUCAACAAGAACCAGAACGAGUGCUGUUUCAACACCCAGGUGUGUUGUGUUCAGGUGUCCACGCUGAGCUCUCCGGAGGUGACCUGUGACCCACCAGCAGGGUCAGAGGUCGUCCAGGCCGAGCUGGAGGAGCUGAGGAGAACAGCAGCGAGUCUGGAAGAAGAGCUGACAGAACUGCAAGCUCUGAACAUGGUGUUGGAGGCCUCUGGUCUGGAGCAGAAAGAGUCCUUCGUCCAGCGGCUGGUCGUCCUGCAGCAGAGAGCAGACGGUCUGUGCAGAGACCUGGACUCAGUGCUGCAGGCUGUAGCUCAGCAGGCUGGAGACCAUCAGGCCCUGCUGGACACCAAGAGCAGACUGGAGACCGAGAUACAAGACUACAGGAGGCUGCUGGAUGGACUGAGCCCUCAGCGGGUCUCAAGUCUUCACUCAAACUCUGCGGCUGACGUCACAUCUUUCUGUGCUACAACCAGCCCCUCUGCCUUCAGGAGAAAUGUCACAGCGAACAAAACAGCCAAUGUUCAAGGAGGAAAUCUCAGGAUGAUGGAGGUUCAGACCUCUAUCCUCACUGUCAGACAAACACCUGACAGUGAGGUAGUUGCCCCACUCUCACCGGUGACAUCGAUUAACAUUUCAUAUCUGAUGGACUCAUUCCACAAGUCUGAAAACCAGAUAACUGAAGCUCUUCCUGAAAGGACCGGGGGGGAAUCCAUGACCUUUAGUACGAUGAUCAACAAGCAGAGCAGUCCUGUGGAAGAUAAAGCCUGUGCUGAAAAUCAUGAUCUGCAGAACUCAUCCAUUGUUAGUACUCAGAUUAGCCAAGGUUUAGAUGAAAGAGCUGCUGUCAAGGCAUCGAAACCGGAGAUAAAUACUGCACAAGGAGUCACCACGUUGGUUCCUGACACACAAUCUGCCAGGAGUGCUGCUGUUCAGGCAAAACCAGAAACGUUUACUUCCAAACAAACUACCACAGAGACUGGGUCGCAGACUAAUGAAACAGGGACAAACAUUCAAGCAGAGAUCACCAAAACCAUUCUUUGUGCAGAACCAGAAGUAAAGCAAGAACCACAUUUCGUAAGACAUACAACCACAACUGAUCCCAGCAAACAAACUGCUACAGAGGUAAAGAAAGAGACAGAAACUGUGAUUUCAGCUCAAAUAAAUUGCAAUGAGGGCUCCAUCCAGGCUAAGAACCAGGAACCUGCACAGGUUGUGUCUUUGAGUUUUGUGACUCCAGCAGAAGCUGUUGGGGAUGCAGAGGAAGUUGCUGCUACCCUGAUGGAUGACAUGGACAUAGUUAGACAAGAAAAGAAAGGAGAAAAAGAAGUAGUAGAAGUAGAGGGUACUUCGCUUGUCCUCAGAUUAGAUCAGAGCUCAGCAUUGUCCAAUGCAUCCAAUAGUGAACAAAACAAACUCAUGGAGGAUGCAGAUACAGGGUCCGGCAUUGCAAGUGCUUCAUCCGGUAGCCCAGACAGCAAUGACAACCUUGAGAGUAAAACUGCAAAUACAGAGAUUUUGAAGAAAGUAGAAUUAGAAGUGAACAAGGGGAAGGUAGUCAACACUUUCCAUGAUACCAACGAGGUAAAGGUGGACCCUACUGAGUCGGACAAUGAGAUGGUUAAUCUAGCAGGUCAAGAAGCAUUGUUGAGUACCACAGAGUCAAAAAAGUCUACAAGUCUAACAGAUUCUGGUGUUGCUUUGAGUUUUUCAGGCUCUGAAGAGCUUCUAAGUCCAAGAGAAGAUCAUGUACUUGUGAACCCAACAAAGCCAGUCGCAUUCUUGAGUCCAAAAACAUGUCUGAGCCCAGUUGAGACAGAGGUGUUAGAUCAAGUAUUUUUCCCAGUUGAUCUAGAAGAGCAUGUUCAAAGUCCUGAUUCACUUGACUUGAGUCCAAAUGACCCAGAAAUGUUUCUCAGCACAAAUGACUCAGACACAUGUUUGAGUCCAGUUGAGGCUAACGUGAGUCUAAGUCCAAAUGGUGAAGAAGAAGAUGAGGAAGUAAGCCUGAGUCUAACUGAGGCAAAUGCACAUGUGAGACCAGUCGAGAAAUACAUUCUCUUGACAAAAGAGGAAGGCCAGUCCCUGUCAUUUAGUGAAGAUCAAGCUUUGCCAGAAGAGGACAGAAAUAGAAAAGUCAGCAUUUCAGUGAGAGAUGGGGACAGUUUAUGUUUUGGAUCAUUUGAAGGUAACGAAGGAAAUAGAGGUACUCUGAAUCAUGCAAACAUCAGUUCUAGACUAACCAGUCAAGGGUUGGAGUUCGGAGGUCCAAGUGGUCGUACUAUCAUAGCAGACAAAGAGGAACAGCUUGGUUUUGGAGGCCUGUAUUGUAAAAGUGUAAGAGAUGUGAGCAGUGCCAGCGAUGGGUACAAAAAUACAAGUGGCAUUGAAGAUAACAAGGAUGUCCAGAAUCCAGGAGGAAGAACUACCUUUAGCGGCGUGGCUAGUAAUUCAGGGGGUAUGGCUGCUAGCAAAAGUGGUAUGGCUAGUGAUCUGGUAGCUAGUUUUGGUGGCACAGCUGCAAAUUCAUCAGAUACAGCCGGUGGUAAUGCAGAAUCUGCCGCUACAGCAAGGGUAGAGGGAAGAUUCAGGCGUGGCAGUGGAGAGUGGAUGGUUUAUGGCGGCAGACUGGUAUGUAGACGUACUAGCUUACCCAGCACAGGGAGCGAAGAAAGCACAUCAGGUACCAUGCUCACUGCAACAAGCCGACCAGAAACAGGGAGGUUCGGCAGUAGAGGAAGUGGGGAGUGGAUGUUUUAUAGCGGCAGUCUUGGACGUAAGAGCAGCCUGGAUGGUGGCACUAGUUUACCCAGUGAAGGGAACGAAGAAGGCCCAUCAUUGGCCACAAACCCUGCAACAAGCCCACCAGAAACAGGGAGAUUUGGCAGAGGAGGGAGCGGAGAGUGGAUGGUUUAUGGAGACUUUCUUCGACGUAAGAGCAGCUUACCCAGCGAAGGGAGAGAAGAAAGCCAAUCAGUGACCAUGCUCCCUGCAACAAGCCCGCCAGAAACAAGGAGGUUUGGUAGCGGAGGGAGUGAAGAGUGGAUGGUUUACAGCGGCAGUCUUAAACAUACCAGCAGCCUGGCUGGUAGUGAUAGCUUACCCAACACAGAGAGCAGAGAAAGCCUGCCAACCACCAUGCACCUGGCAACAAGCCCACCAGGAACAGGGAGGUUUGGCAGUGGAGGGAGUGGAGAGUGGAAAGUCUAUGGUGGGAGUACUGGACGUAUGAGCAGCCUGGCUGGCAGCGAUAGCUUACACAAUGCAGAAAGCCCGUCAGGGACCAUGCAACUAGCAACAAGCCCACCAGGAGCACUAGGAGCAGGGAGGUUUAGCAGUGGAGGGAGUGGGGAGUGGAAAGUUUAUGGUGGGAGUACUGGACGUUUGAGUAGUGCCAGUAGCGCAGACAGGGUCAGUGUCAGUGCCAAUUAUGGCCAAAUGAUCAGUCCGCCAAGUAGCCACACAAGUAGUGGACCAAGACUCAGUAGUGGUGGUAGUGGUGGCAGGCUCAGUUCACGUAGUGUUGUUAGGCGCAGUAGCAGCGUAGGUAGUGGUGGUAGAUUAAGUAGCUCAGGUAGUGGCGGCAUGGUCAGCAGCUCAUCCGGGAGCCACAGGACUAGCAGCACUGGGAGAUUCGCUAGCACUGGCAGUGGCGAAUGGAAGCCUGUUUACAGCUCAGCUAGUGCACGUAGGAGCAGUGUGGGGAGUGCAGGGCGAUCAAGUGGAGGGGGGACGACCAGCAGCCAAAGAACCUCGAGCCCCGGGGGAAGAAUGAGUGUCAGUGGGGGUAGUGGUGGAUGGCUGAGCAGUUCAACAACCGGCGGGAAUCGCAUUAGCAGUCCUGGGAGCGCGUCUAAACUUAGCAGUGCAGAAAGCAGCGACAGAGUUAGCAACCGAGCUGGAGGAAGGAUCAAUAGCUUCCCUGGGUCAGGGAGGACCAAUAGCACCGGGGGGAGGGUCAUCAGCAGCAGCGACCGGCCAAUCAGGAGCACCGGCAGCGGAGCCGGAGGCAACAAGGAGAGAAUCAGUGUUUGUAAGAUGGCGGCGCUGUCAAUCUCAGCAGCGGGGAGGGAGAGAAGUCAAGACAGACAAAGACAAGCUCAGAGGUCCCAACAACAGCAACAACAACAGCAACAACAGGCUGCAGGUUCCUCUCCUCUCGUCCAGCGCUGGCUGACCUCAGGUGCCGCGGUCACCAGUGCCGAUCCUGAUGACCUCGAUGACAUCAUGCGUCUCUGAUUGGAUAACUGGGGAGGGACGGAGUGACAUCACGCUUCAAGGAUGAACACACCUGCACACGUUCACUAGUACAAAAAAGAAAACUAGUUUAAUGCGUCUUCUUUUGAAUGAAGAGCUGGUAGUGACAGUGGUGGGAAAAGUAAAAGUACCAAUACAACAGUGUAAAAAUACUUCAUUACAAGUAAAAGUCAAAAUCCUGCUUAAGUAAAAUUAUUAUCAACAAAAAUGACGUAAAGUAUCAAAAGUAAAAGGACUUGAUUUGCAGAAAAAUGGUCCCAGUGACUGAUAUGUUAUUAGACUGUUACAUGAACGUUAGAGCAGCGUUUUACUGUUGUAGCUGGACAUGGUGCAGCUGGUUUAUCUACUUUAUUUACUGCACAGUUUGGUCUUUCAGUCCAGUGGUUCCAUAAAUGGUCACAAGAUAAAUCUGAGGGCAUUUUUCUGACUUUUCUUUAAUGUUUGCUGUUUUGUGGAAUAUGUGAUAUUUGUGCCUCUUUGGGCCUCGAACAGUUCUUGAAAUGAAACCAUGUGAGAGGUUUAGAGGGGGAAAGUCAACAGGCCCCAACUAGACGCUGUUCUUUUUGUGAGGGGUUUGGUUUAAUCUUUAACAACGCUUUGUGUUUAUAAGAUUAUCAUAUGUUGUUGUUUUUUUUUUAUGUAAAUCUUAAUCUGAAAAGCAACAAGCAACUAAAGCCGUCAGACAAAUGUAGUGGAGUAAAAAGUACAACCUUUGCCUCUGAGGAGGAGAGUAGAGUUAGAAAGUAACGUAAAAUGGAAAUAGGCCACUCAGGUAAAGUACAAGUACCUCGAAUUUGUACUGAUUACAACGCAGUUACUUAAAAUUAGUUUGUUACAAGCAAUUUUUAUUUAAAAAAAAUCUGGAAUCUGAAAUCUGUUUGUUUUGAAUUUAAAUAAUUGUUUGAAGUUAAAAUACAAAAAAGUCAAUAAUACAAACAUUCGGGUGAAAACAGUGUAGUUACAGCCGUGUUGUUUUUUAAAAAUGACUUUAAGAGACUCUGGCUCAUAAUCAGCACCUCAGUUCCAUUUUCUCUUCACUUUCUAUCAGUCAAACCCGUCUACACAUGAUGUACAUUUUAAAUAUGUGGUUUAUAACAGCUUUGUUAUCUCUAUAGUGGACGGCUUUAAUAUAAUCCAGGACGUUAAACUUUAAACACCUGAAGCUUCACUUCACUUCACUCUGUGAUGUUUGAUAUCUCUGUUAACAUCUCUCAUCGUGUCUUAAACACCAGGUCCAAUUUUUACAUUUUAAUCUGAAAAUAAAGCCGAUAAAAUAA